ACCCCAGUUCCCAUGCACAGUAAUAUGUUAGAUUUGCUCACAGUAUCUCUCCUUCACCCCAUCUGCUCAUGCAUUCCUCUUCUUGGAAUAGAAAGCCGACCUCCAUCUGUCCAAAUGGCCAAACAAUUCCCGCAGGACUCUACGGGAAAGAUCAAUUUUACCACAUUCCGAGCACAGACCGACCUAGAGACAUUCAUUUAAAAGGCACAUUAUCCUAGAUUUACUGGGCGGCAAUUCGGAGAAAAACGGUAAACGGGUAAAAUAUGCUGUUAAAAUAUAUAAAAUAUACCGUAUUAAUAAAACGAUGCGAAAACGUUUGUUCCCCUUAUGAGCAUCAUGGACUCCCCAUCUACAGUACAACGGCAACGCAACUGAUGGAAACAGAAAAUAUUUGCAAAAUAUAAUGUUUUACACAUAAAUUCAAUAUUUGCCGCAAUAAAACGUCUAUAGAGUGUAAGAAUGAUAGAGCUUAUAUAUUGCUAGUCGUUAAAUAUCCCCUUAAAAUGAAGAGGUUUGAAUGUUUUUUUUCUUCAAUUGCAAGAGAUUUUAAAGGGCACUUUGGUCCGAUAAAGCCAUUUUGCUCGAUCAGGUCGUUGAGUUGCACUGAGAGGCUGGCGGUGCCUCCUCCCUCUGCAGGAUCUACGUUACGAUGACGGAGCCAGGUGAUCGACCAGCCGUCAGACCCACAGCGGCUCCAUACGGGAUGCGGAGCGGGCGGGGUCGCUUUUAGCAGUACUGUCUGCUUUUUCUCGCAGUGUAGAUCAGACAUCGGUGAACCAUAGUGCCUGUUCGGAAACCCUGAAUACAUUAUAAUUAGUAAAAGGCGGACGGAGCGUCGGUCUCCUGCAGUAUGGAUUAGUCCUCUAUCGUCGCGGAGCAUCACAAAAAUCAUCAGUUUUGAAGAUACAUACGGACGGAUUUUUUCCAGUUUUCGCGAGGAUUCAAUGCCUGGAGAAAUAGCGCGGAUAAGGUAUUUGAGUUUUUUUAAUUGACAGGUUGGACGCGGCACGUAGGCCUGUUAUUCACAUAUAAAAUACAUACGAGCGUCUGCGGUUAAUUGGUCCGGUACUCGCCAUAAUCAUGGCAUGGCCCUGUAUCUCCAGGGCUUGCUGCAUGGCCCGCUUCUGGAAUCAGCUGGACAAAGCUGAUAUUGCGGUGCCUUUGGUGUUCACCAAAUAUUCGGACGUGGCCGAAAUGCAGCAUCUCCAUGUUCAGCCCCAGCAAAAAGCCAGUCUCCAGUCGCGAGCGAAUCCAGUCGCCAUAGAAACGCAGCCCGAGCCGGAGUCCGUCGCCAAGCAGCCGACCGCAGCAUCAGCUGCUGCUGCAGCGGAGGAGAGUUCAGGGGCAUCUGUAAUGCGCCAGGACUUCAAACCCUGGAAAGUGCGUCCUGAGCCAAGCUGCAAGCCCAAGCACGAGUAUCAAGUCUCUGACACCCCGUUUAACAAUGAGACACAGUACCAGAAGGAUUUCAAACCAUGGCCUAUCGCAAAGAGAGGAGAUCACCCCUGGAUCCCCAAACCGAUCCCUACAGUCACCGGUCCAGAGGGCCAAGUCACUAACGGUCCCAGGCACCUCCAUGCAUCCACAGAGGUCGAAAGUGGAGUGGAAAAAAGUGAAAUUGCAGACAAGGUGACAGAGAAGGAAAUCCUGCUGAGUGAGAGGAAAAAGAAGAGAGUGUCAGAAAAAGUUUCAGAUAAAAAAGCAAGCCUCCAACCAGAGGGACGGACAAGCGAUGUCUUCGCAGAGGACAAAGGGAGGGCGGCCGUGGAUGCAUUGAACAGGCAGAUCAGACAGGAGGUCGUCACCGGAAGUUCCUAUAGGAACGAAUUCAAAGCCUACACAGACGUCAAGCCAGUCAAGGCCAUCCGAGCUAAGUCCCAGUACCAACCGCCUGAUGAGAAGACCAGCCUGGAGACCAGCUAUAGUGCUACCUACAGGGGUGAGCAAGGCCUAUACCAGUCAUCAGACAACAAGGCCCUGGAGCGCAGGAGGAUACGUAGUCUGUACAGUGAACCCUACAGGGAGCCCAGUAAGCAGGUGGAGAAGCCUAUCCCUCCGCCACGGAAGCCGAAAAAGACGCCGGCAGGUGGCGUGAAGCCAGUGAAGAAGGUCAAGGAGAAGCAAGCAGCGUCAGGUGUGCGGGCGACCAAAAAGCGGGCGUCGGAGAACGAGCCGGAGACCAAACCGGAGGAAGGGGGCAAGGAGAAAAGUAAAGAGCUGAACAACAAACUGGCUGAAGCGAAAGAGUAAAAUCACUGAACUUUUAUUUUUCUUUGUUGGGGGAACGAAGGCUGCAAAAUUGAUUAGAGGGUUCUCAUCGCCUUGUCCAGUGUCUUGGUCCCUUUGUCUCUCUUUCCCCCUCCCCCCUUCUAUCCCAUUGCCGCGACUUGGAUUGAUGAGUAUGUAUCGAUAAACGUUAGAGCUCAAUGUUCAUGACCACAUAUCCACGAAGGUGUAAUGAGGGGCUCUAUAUGUCCGCCAUGACACCGGCUCGCUCCUGUACCCAUCACAGCCUCUAUCAUACCACCCAUGGCUUGCGGCUGCUCUUUUAGCCUGCAGCUCCUCCUGCUGUGUGAGUCUUGUUGCUUGGAGCUAAAGAGAAAUCAAUCUGAGAAGUGCCUCUGCUCAGAUUGGUUUUGUUGUGCUUAUCAAGGUUUUCGCAGUAAAGUUGAACCAACACUGCAGCCAACUUGGCUGGUUAUGUUUUAGUAUGUCUGUGAUUGGUCAACCGUGUGUGAACAACAGCGGAAAAACCUUGAUAGCUCAUUAUCCAAGACCACAGUUACCCAAUUCCAGUCCUGGAGGGCCAGAAUCCAACACAGUUUGCAGAUUUCCCUGCUCAAAUACAUCUUAGUCAGAUAAUUUCAUCAUCAUUAGUAGGUGUGUUUUGUAAAUCCAUAAACUGUGUUGGAUACUGGCCCACCAGUACCGGAAUUGGGGAACCCUGUCUUAGACCAUACUGAACUCAGUUUGGUUGUAUGGCCUGAAUUGCUUCUGCUAAAUGCCUUGUACUUGAGGGAGGUGGGCGUUAUCACUAAAAAGUAUGUGGAGCUGUUUGAGAAGAAUGUUCACCAUUAAAUUGUCAGGUAUAGAUGCGAAGUACUCAAAUGACAUUUAUCCAAACAUCCGUUACAUAGCUACCCCUGGCAGGACAAGUGCUUAAUUAACUUUUCUGAAGGUCGCUCUGUGGUUAGAUGUAAUUGCGGAUAUCUGGUUUCAUCAAUUUGGUUGCUAGGGAAACAAUGGAGAUUCGGUAAUGCGAUUACCUCUGGAUGAUGAUGGCAAAGCAAGCCAGUAGAUGCUGAUGUGAGCAUGACUUGAAAUUCAAGAGUACUUUGCAGUUAGGAUGGGUAUAAUAAAAUAUGUUGCAAUAUAUUUGAAGGAGGAAAUAUUGAAAAUGCACAGCUUAAUCCAUUUUUCAUAUCCAAGCUCAAAAUUUUGAUAAAAAUUUCAGAAGGUAGACAAAUUAGAUCUGAGUUAGAUGUUGGUUGAUGGUAGAAAACCAUGUCAUGAGCAGAAGACAUUGGAAGGAGAGAUUGGCUUACACCAACCAGAUCACGUGAACGUCCCAUGGGGCAUGAUGAGACAGGCAGAUAGGGGACCGUGCCAUGAGAAAUCAGAUUAAUAAGGCUGGAAGCUCUCGAGUUGUACAGAUUUACUUUUCUUAUGCAUAAUUUAUUAUUAUUAUUUUUUGUUCAGACUGUUUAUGGCAAACUGUGAAUUGAUUUUCUUAAUGCUUUGUGUUAUACUUUACCAAGACCAGUGAAGGUAUUGUAAGGGGGUAAGUUCAUUUUUGCCAGUAUGGUACGAAUUUUUCCUCUGUUUAAUCACCUUGUUUUUUUUUGUGUUUGUUUUGCUAGCUCCUUGUGUCUCUGUGUCUCGAAGGGGUCAGAUCCUUCUUAAUCUUGUUGGAACCGCAUGUGCAAUGAGAUGGCGCUUCAAUUUCACCUCUAUAAGAAGAGAGGCACCUAAAUUCUGGCUUACUAACACGAUUCACUGGCACGGCAUCAUAUGUGUUUAAUACCUGUUGUACACACAGCUAAUUUGGUGUCCUUCAUAAUGCUCUGUAUAAGAUAGCUGUAGCUGUUGAAAUUGCAUUAAUUGUAGGGCUUAUGUGUAUAUUUAUGAUAUCCUAUAUAUGGGGAGAAAAUCAGAAGAUCAGAUCAAGUGUAGUGAAGUUAUGGUUAAAGUCCUCUUAAGAUUGCCUACAUUUGUACAGUCAACUCUUACUUUGCUAAAGGCCAUUAGAGGCCGGUCAGCUUAAGAAACAGCUGCUUAGGGUUAAAAAAAAAGCCUUUAUCAUGGAACUGAAACGCGAUUGGACAGAACAGCAGAAUUUCCUGUGAAGAGCCUAUUGUGUUCUAGUUGCUCGGCAACCCUGGUUCCGCCUCCUUGUCCCUUAAUCCCAUCCGCUUCGGUAGGCAGCCUCUCCAUGCUGAGUUCAGGAGUGUGUGUCUCAUUGUCUGGUGUAUAUCCGAACCCUCCCAGCCACGCCGUGCGCCCCCUCCCCCCUGACCGGGUAUGGACCCCCCGGGAGGGUGAGGGCCGCCUCAUUACCAUUUUUGCAGCCUUGAGCUUGCCGCGUAUCACUGGGCUGGCGGGCCCACCGCACUCCGCAUACCUGGGCGGCUGUCUCCAGACCGUGCUUCCGGCCUGAGGAUGAUCAAACACAAAGGA